AUGGCGACCGACGCGGAAACACUCUUCGAUCAUCUCGGAAAGCGCUACGAAGAUGCGUAUGCCGAUAGUCCUAAUCUCGUCGAAUUUCUCGAGCUAGCAAUCAAGGAGGUUCCAUCCCAGGCCCGAGUGCUUGAUGUUGGAUGCGGAACGGGAAAGCCAGUCGCGGACAUGCUAGCAUCAGCUGGCCAUGAGGUCCAAGGAAUCGACGUCUCUCAGGAGAUGGUGAAAAUCGCUAGCUCACAAGUUUCUGGGGAUUUCCAAAAGGCGGACAUGAGAACAUUCACGCCAGAUGCUCCAUUUGAUGCCGUCUUCGUUAUUUUUUCUCUCUUUCAGCUCACCCCGGGAGAGACAUAUUCGAUGUGCUAUAGAUUCUCGGAGUGGCUCAAACCCGGCGGCAUCGUGGUUGUGGGGACAAUGCCUAGUUCGAGCGUGCUUCCCGGCAAAGGCGUACGCGACCCGACAUGGAAUUGUGUGCGGCAAUUUGGGAGACCUUGGAUGGAUAAGCACACCAACGAGACAUUUUUUUCGGAGCAUGGAUGGCAGAGGCUUCUUCGACGUGCCGGGUUUGAUGUCGAAGCAGAAGCCCAUUAUGAGUUCACGCCUAAGGACUCUUCCCACAAAACGCCUGAGACUCACCAUCUUUUAUUGGCACGAAAAGUCGAAAGUCAGCCGCUGUUCGGGCCGUACGGCAUUCCGUUCGAUAAUCACAGCGCAUUACCCGCUAUUGCACGUUACAAGUUCACCGAUCGUCUGGUGAGCGAAGUCCUGGAGAAACAGUUUCGGAAUCUGGGGGAUGGCGGCGAAAAGAUCCUCUCUCUGGGACGUAUAACGGCAGAUGAAAAGCCCGAAGUCAAAUACUCGGACGGACCUAUUGAUCGCAUACCGUUUCCAGCUGGCAUGUUCCAUGUUGUCCUGGCGUCAUGGAAACUCGACUAUGCGGACGACCUCGGGAAGGCACUUCAAGAGCUCGUUCGUGUAACAAAGCGAACAUCCGGUUCGAAAAUCAUCAUCAUCCAAGGAGCACCCGAUAAUGAAGUGUUGCAGUUCUUAAGAUCUGAAAAUUCCGACCCACCCCAUCAAGGUCUGCAACUGAGAUUCGCUUGGGAUUAUCUAGCAGGGCAUGGCUUUAGUGAUGUGUCGCUACACCGGAUUAAUGCGCAUUAUGAGUUUCCGGAAGAAGAUCGCUCUGAGAGAUGCAAGGCAGCGACAGAAUUCUUGGCUGGAAAUCCUUACUGUCAAUUAGACAAGGAGGACCUCGUUGAAAGACUUCAGUUGCAUUUUCAGGACGAUGAGCAUAAGAUCGGUCAUGGAAUGGUUAUGCUGGUUGCAAAUGCAGUCUGA